UUCGCUUCACUUCUUGAAGUGUAGUUCUAAAACAAACAGAUAAGGCUUGGGCUAUGGCUUUCUCCUCUUAACUCCUUCCUGCCACUGCCUCUGCCUAUGAAUUUUCUGCGGCUGCCUUUACAACUGCAAAGUCUCCCUCUUUUAGCUUUUCCCUUUUGCUGUGCCUGAUUGAAUCAUAGGGGGCAAAAUGGAAACCAGCACCACCCAAAAUGUUAGUACUAGUAUCAUGUGGUUCUUCAGGGAUAAAGGUUUUGAUGAUAAGAGCAUUCAGGAUAUGCUAAAAAAGUGCAAGCGUCUUGAGAAUGUGCAUGGGGAAACAGCCUCUGAGAACUGGGCUUAUUUGAAAAGUAUUGGCAUUCAAGAGAGAAAGCUACCUUCUGUUGUUUCAAAGUGCCCCAAGAUACUUACUUUGGCCCUCCAUGAGAAGCUUGUACCUACGGUUGAGUGCCUCACCACGCUCGGUACCAAACCCCGCGAUGUUGCAUCUGCCAUUGCCAAAUUCCCUCACAUUCUGUCCCAUAGUGUGGAAGAGAAGCUCUGUCCGCUCUUGGCCUUCUUUGAGGCACUGGGAAUUCCUCAAAAGCAACUUGGGAAAAUGAUUUUGCUCAAUCCUAGGCUCAUCAGCUACAGCAUUGAAGCAAAGCUGUCUGAAAUUGUGAACUUUCUUGCUAAUCUUGGCCUUUCCAGAGAAGGGAUGAUUGGAAAAGUACUGGUAAAGAACCCAUUUAUCAUGGGCUAUAGUGUUGAAAAAAGAUUGCGCCCUACUGCAGAGUUUUUGAAAUCAGUUGGUCUCACAGAGCAGGGUCUUCAGACAGUGGCAAUGAGCUUUCCAGAAGUGUUGUGUAGAGAUGUAGACAAGAUUCUGAGGCCCAAUUUUGAUUAUCUAAAGAGAAGUGGAUUUGAAGAUGGUCAGAUAGCAGCUUUGGUAUCUGGUUAUCCUCCAAUUUUGGUCAAGAGCAUCCACAAUUCUCUAGAACCUAGAAUCAGGUUCUUGGUAGAGGUAAUGGGGAGACAAAUUGAUGAGGUUGCUGAUUAUCCCGACUUCUUUCGCCAUGGUUUGAAGAAAAGAGUGGAGCGGCGACACAAACUUUUGAAACAGAGGACAACCCAUUGUAGCUUGAGUGAAAUGCUGGACUGUAAUCAAAAGAAGUUCGCAACGAAGUUUGGUUUGGUGUGAAGAAUAGGCCCAAGGUACUAGAGUCUCAUAUUUUCUGUUCUUUGAUAUUCAUUUUUCUUGUAUUGUAGCUUAGUUUGGUAUUGUGUACUUUCAAUAUAUGAGGUGAACUGAACUGGUAUAUGGUUUUGGCCCUUCUGGGUGGACCAGAGAAACUUAGUUGGCUCAAGAUUCUGUGUGGACAGCGAAUUACUUGGUCUUAAAUACA